CACAAAUCAUAUCAUUCAUCCCUCUCAUUCCAUCAUCAUGUCAGCACCCGAUCAACCUCACCUCAACGGAGCUUACUACGGCCCUUCCAUCCCACCUCCCACCAAAAAGUCCAAAUCCUAUCACCGUCCUGGCCGUGGUGGUGGAUCCAGCUGCAACCCUUUCUCAUGGUGCUGUAGUUGUCUCUGCGGUUGCGUCUUCAAUCUCGUCUUCCAAAUUCUUAUUACCAUCCUCGUCCUCCUCGGUAUUGCCGUUCUCGUUUUCUGGCUCAUCUUCCGUCCUAACGCUCCCAAGUUCCACGUCAACGAUGCUGUUCUCACGCAGUUCAACCUAUCCCCUGAUAACAACACUCUCUACUACAAUCUCGCCGUCAACAUGACCUUCCGUAACCCUAACCGCAGGAUCGGGAUUUACUACGACAAAAUCCAAGCAAACGCCGAAUACCACGACCGGAGGUUUGCGACUAGGGAUUUGGAAACGUUUUAUUUGGGGCAUAAAAAGGAGAAAGAUGUGGGAACUGUGUUCAGUGGAUCGCAAGUGGUGGUUCUGGGAGAUGAUAGGUCGAGAUACGAUUCGGAGAGAAGCGAUGGAGUUUACUACAUCGAUUUGAAGCUGAGGCUAAGGAUUAGGUUGAAGGUUGGGUGGGCGAAACCCAAAUUCAAACCCAGAUUUGAAUGUGAUCUGAGGAUUCCUAUGGGUUCUGGAGGCAGGGCUCAAGGAGGAUUUCAGAGAACCAAGUGUGAUGUCGAUUGGUGAUUCAUGAUUCUUGGAUGGUUUCCAUUGAUCCGUCGAUGGAUGUUACAUUUUGGUAGAUAUGAUAUGAUAUGAUUAUGUUUGAGAGAUUCGUUUAUGUAUUUGGAUUAUUAUUUCACUUUCUUAUAUGUCUUGUUUAUAAAUAAAGAGAUUUUUAUUUUUUAA